AUGUGUGCGAGGAGCAAGGGGUCGAGUGCUCACGGGUUCAUGGCUGUGGAGUUGGAUGUGAGAGGAAAUGGGGUCCUUGAACUAGGGGCCGGAGCUGGUCUGAAAGGAUUCACAGCCGCAAUGUUGGGCACAACCCAUGUCCUCCUCACAGACAUCCAACCCUUGAUUCCACUUCUGUCUGGAAAAGCAAGCAAAAGGCGUAGGCGACGUGAUGCACAUGCGGGAGCUCGUUGGGGAUUUCUUCUUCGAUCCGAAACAGAUGUGGGCGCUGUCCCAACCGCUAAAUCCCGUAUGCUGCUACCACAUCAAGGCUUGGGCGGACUUAUUUACCCUUUUCUCUCUAGUGCCACUCAACUAAGCUGGUCACGUAUCAUCGAUCUUUUAUAA